AUGAAAUUUGACGACUACAUUCAGAAGCGUAUUACUAUCUUUGAUCGAAAACUGGCUGAAUAUAAUGAAAAGAUAAAGAAUCUCUCUAAACUUCCCAUUCACAUAAUUACCAAAUUUGGUAAUUUUGAUGGAACGGCUUAUGAGACUACUCCUUUUGUUAUCUCUAAGCAUUUAAACCCACAACAUCAAGAGUUUAUUGUGGCUAAAGUAGAUGGUCUUCUUUGGGAUGCCCACCGACCUCUAGAAGCAAGUUCCUCUUUGGAGUUUUUGAGUUUUGAAGAUAAGGAAGGCCGACAAGUAUUCUGGCACUCUUCCGCUCAUGUUUUAGGUGAGGCCUGUGAGAGUACUUAUGCCUGCCAUCUUUGUCUAGGACCACCGACCGACUCGGGAUUCUUUUAUGAAAUGAGUAUGGACCGAACAGUAACACCUGAAGAUUAUGCCAAGUUGCAGAAAGCAAUGAAAGCAGCUACAAAGGAUAAACAACGGUUUGUACGUUUGGAAUUAUCUAAGGCUGACUUACUAGACAUGUUUUCUGAGAACCCGCUUAAGUUAGAACUUAUUCAAACUAAAGUAGAGGAGAAGAGUACGGUUUAUCGUUGUGGUCCUUUAAUUGAUUUCUGUUUAGGCCCACAUAUUCCUGGAACUGGAUACAUUAAGGCUAUUGAAGUAACUCAUCAUAGUAGUUCCUUCUUUUUAGGCGAUUCAUCACGACCGGUCUUACAACGUAUUUACGGCGUAUCUUUCCCCAGCACUCAACUCAUGAAAGAGCAUUUAUUGCGCUUGGAAGAGGCCAAGAAGAACAAUCAUCGGCGAAUUGGUACGGAAUUAGAUCUGUUCUUCUUCUCACCAAUGAGUCCUGGUUCGUGCUUCUUCUUGCCUAAAGGAGCUUUUAUCUACAAUUCAUUGAUUGCUCUGAUUAAGGAAAAUUACCGGAAACGAGACUUCAAAGAAGUGAUUACUCCUAAUGUCUUCACCAAUGAACUUUGGAAGACAAGUGGGCAUUGGGCCAAUUAUAAGGAUGAUAUGUUUUGUUUCUCGGCUGAUAAUACGGAAAUGGCCUUAAAACCCAUGAACUGUCCUGGGCAUUGUUUGCUUUUCAAACACUUAUCUUGUUCCUAUCGUGAUUUACCCUUAAGAAUUGCUGAUUUUGGUGUCUUACAUCGUAAUGAGAUCUCAGGGGCCUUAACUGGUCUGACUCGAGUCCGAAGAUUCCAACAGGACGAUGCCCAUAUCUUUGUGCAAACUAGUCGAGUGGCCGAAGAGAUUCUUUCGGCUUUGGACUUCCUAAAGGAAAUCUAUGCCGUACUUGGCUUUACUUAUGCCGUAGCACUUAGUACCCGGCCGAGCAAGUACUUAGGAGAAGCUAGUGUUUGGGACCAGGCUGAGUCCCAACUUAAAUCAGCUUUGGAUCUAGCCGGAGUGCCUUGGACUCUUAAUGAAGGCGAUGGGGCGUUUUACGGGCCUAAAAUAGACAUCUCAAUUAGUGAUGCCUUGGGUCGUCAACACCAGUGUGGGACGAUUCAACUGGACUUCCAAUUACCGCAACGGUUUAACUUGACUUUCCGGAAUGCUGAAGGUAAGAUGGAACAACCAGUGAUGAUUCAUCGUGCUAUUCUAGGUAGUGUUGAACGAAUGUCUGGAAUUCUACUGGAACAUUUCAAAGGCCGUUUACCUCCCUGGCUUAAUCCAAACCAAGUAGCCAUCAUUCCCGUUACGCCUAACGAAAUACCGUAUGCUCAUAAGACAGCUCAACUCUUGACCGGUUUGGAAGUCUUCGUGGAUAGUUCCGAAAGUACAUUGGCUAAGAAGGUGCUUAAUGCUCAGAAACAGAAGUUCUCAUUUAUUGCGGUAGUUGGUCCUAAAGACGUAUCGGCCCAAACUCUAGCCAUUCGUAACUUAGUGCCUGACCAGGCCGCAACUACUAUUCCAGCUGCAGCCGCCGCCACUAUCAUUCGAACCACGGUCGAGCACCGCGAUAUUUCCACGGACAAGACUCAUACGUACUUGGCCCCGACGCGGCAACUACCAGUUUCCGUUUCUAUUGCCAUGCAGUGCAUCAACCAAUUCUUCCAUGAUAUCAAAAAACGGACUUUUGAUUUACUUCAUAAGAUCAAGAAAUAG